GCAAACUUUCAACGAGUGUGGAGUUUGCCUCCAAAUGAAAAUACAGGAAAAGAAGUGACUGCUCUUGCUUGGAGACCAGAUGGCAAAAUUCUGGCUUUUGGCCUUACUGAUACCAAGAGGAUUAUUCUGUGUGAUGUAGAAAAACCUGAAAGCUUGCACUCUUUCUCUGUGGACUCAUCCAUUACAUACAUGCAUUGGAUGGAAGUAACUGAGGAAAGCAGUGUUCUUACGUCCUUUUACAAUGCUGAGGAUGAAUCAAAUCUCCUUUUGCCUAAAUUACCAGCGCUACCAAAAAAUUACAGUACUACUGCAAAAAUUUUCAGUGAAGAAAAGUCAGAUGAGAUUAUGAAGCUUCUGGGCGAUGUAAGGCUUAAUGCUCUUGUCCUUGGUGGCAGCUGUGGAUUUAUUGAGAUUUAUGCUUAUGGAAUGUUCAAGAUUGCUACAGUAACUGGGGUGGCGGGUUCUUGUCGUGGACUAUGUUUGUCCAGUGAUUUGAAGUCACUGUCAGUUAUUACAGAGAUACGAGACUCUUCAGACAGCGAAGCUGAGAUAACAUAUUUUCAGUUGGACACUAGUCUGUUAUCAAGUUACUUACCUGAAGUAACUCGAAUGGCCCGGAAAUUUACUCACAUUUCAACUCUGUUACAGUAUAUAAAGUUGUCAUUGACAUGCAUGUGUGAAGCGUGGGAAGAAAUACUGAUGCAGAUGGACUCACGACUAACAAAGUUUGUCCAGGAAAAGAAUACAACCACUUCUGUUCAGGAUGAGUUUAUGCAGCUGUUGUUAUGGGGCAAAGCAAGUCUGGAGCUUCAGGCAUUACUAAUGAAUCAACUGACAGUAAAGGGCUUAAAAAAACUUGGUCAGUCCAUAGAGUCUUCCUAUUCCAGUAUACAAAAGUUGGUCAUAAGUCAUUUGCAGAGUGGCUCUGAGGCACUGCUAUACCAUUUGAGUGAACUGAAAGGAAUGGCUUUAUGGAAACAAAAAUAUGAGUCUCUGGGAUUGGAUGCAUCUGGAAUUGAAGAGGCUAUCACUGCUGUUGGUUCUUUCAUCCUGAAAGCAAAUGAGCUGCUUCAAGUUAUCGACAGUAGUAUGAAAAACUUCAAAGCAUUUUUUCGAUGGCUGUAUGUUGCCAUGUUGAGGAUGUCAGAAGAUCAUGUGCUUCCAGAGCUGAACAAGAUGACUCAGAAAGAUAUCACAUUUGUUGCUGAUUUUCUUACUGAACACUUCAAUGAGGCACCAGAACUUUACAAUCGGAAAGGAAAAUACUUCAAUGUGGAGAGAGUUGGGCAGUACUUGAAAGAUGAAGAUGAUGACCUUGUAUCUCCACCUAAUACAGAGGGAAACCAGUGGUUUAACUUUCUUAAACACAGUACUCAUCUUAAAGAAAGUCCACUUCUGUUUCCCUACUAUCCUGAGAAAUCACUGCAUUUUGUCAAAAGGCAAAUGGAAGGAGUCAUUGAUCAGUGUUUACAAAAGCCAGCGGAUGUAAUUGGAAAGUCAGUGCAUCAAGCAUUCUGCAUGUCUCUUUACAAAACUUCUCAAAGUGAAGAUUCCACGCCUCAAUUAUUUAAGCUACCAUUUCUGUGGAAUGACAAAACAUCCAAUAUACAUUAUGUUCUCUUCACCAUGUUAGAAGAUUCUAUUUCUAAAAUACACAUCUUGAGGAGACAUACCGAUACGUCCAGGUCUGUCAGUAACGGAAUUCUUGCAGUAGAGUUUGGAAACUUCUUGGGCAACAGUAUAAAUGAGAGCUCAGACUCCAGAUGCUACAGUUGUUUAGACGCACACUUCUAUGAUGAUGAAACUGUAUCUGUAGUUCUGAAGGAGAGCAUGGAACAAGAAGGGAAGGAGAGAGUGUUGGCUCAGCUGCCUUUAUCUUCGAUAUACACAGAUGAGGACCAAGAUAGGGAAUUCAUCUGGGAUUCUACUAAAAGGCUGGAUGAGCAAAGUGGUGAGAUACCCACACGUACUGUCAUCUUGGAGAAUCAGUGGAGAGUGCUGGAGAAUAUGAAAGCUCAGUAUGUUUCUGUAAAUGGCAUUAGGAAAGUUUCCUGUGUG